AUGGUUGCCGGGGCUCGCUUUCUUCUCGAGACUUCCUUGCCUCAAGUGCCCGAGCUUCCAAAGCCUGAGCUGCCACCACUCCAUAACCUGAGCUUCCACAGUUGCCAAAGCCUGAGCUGCACAGUUGCCGAUGCCCGAACUGCCAACGUUGCCAAAGCCAGAGCUGCCAACAUUGCCGACGCCCGAGCUGCCAACGUUGGCUGCCAACAUUGCCGAAGCCCGAGCUGCAACGUUGCCAAAGCCAGAGCUGCCAACAUUGCCGAAGCCCGAGCUGCCAACAUUGCCGAAACCCGAGUUGCCACCAGUAUCCCAUGUUCCCAACUUUGCCAAAGCCUGAAGGUCUCAAGUUGGCAGAAGGGCCCCAUGUCCCUGAGCUUCCAAGGCCUGAUUGCCACCACUUCCUAA